AUGACACUAGAAAAGGCUCUCUGUGAUUUAGGAGCCAGCAUCAACUUGAUGCCUCUCUCAUUGAUGAAAAAGCUUGCAAUAGAGGAAGUCAAACCAACAAGAAUGUCACUUCAAAUGGCUGAUAGAUCACUCAAGAUACCUAAUGGAGUUGUAGAAAACUUGUUGGUGAAGAUUGGGGAAUUCAUCUUCCCUGCUAAUUUUGUCAUUUUAGACAUGGAAGAAGAAGGACACAACUCAAUCAUCUUGGGGCAAUCUUUCUUAGCAACAGAAAGAGCUAUCAUUGAUGUGGAGAAAGGUGAAAUGACCGACAGGGUACAUGAUGAAAAAAUGAUCAUCAAUGUCUUUAAAGUGAUGCAAUUCCCUCCUGAGAAAGAAAAGCAUAUGAGAGUGGAAAUGAUAGAAGACUUGGUGGAAGAAGUGUUUGAAACCAACGCCCAGGAGGAACAAGAAGAAGAAAUGAGAAUUGAUCAAGAUGUCUGGUACACGAAAUCGUGA